AUGAAACAGCACACAAUUCUGUUGAAUGAUUCUGAACAAAAGAUUCGCAAUUUGCUCGUAGGGUAUUGCGACUACUACAGAAACCAAGGUGGGAAACCAUUAACACUACGCAUCACUGGUGGAUGGGUACGUGAUAAACUCUUAUGCAAUGAGAGUCAGGAUAUUGACAUUGCAAUCGAUCACUUGCUGGGAGUAGACUUUGUUAAUGGAUUGCAAAAUUAUCUCAUUGAGCAGGACCCAGAAAUGUCAAUGAGACAUGUGCAUACUAUCAAGAUGAACCCGCUGAAAUCUAAGCAUUUGGAAACAUGUACUACAAAAUUGUACGAUAUCGAUUUGGACUUUGUCAACUUGCGUUCAGAAGAAUACACUGAGGAGAGCCGUGUCCCCGUGAUCGAGUUUGGCACACCAAAAGAAGAUGCAAUGAGGCGGGAUGCCACGUUGAAUGCGUUGUUUUACAAUUUGAAUGAGCAGAAAAUUGAAGACUUUACUGGUAAAGGGUUGCAAGAUUUACAAGAUGGCGUUUUGCGAACUCCACUAUCGCCAGUGAAAACGUUUCUUGAUGAUCCAUUAAGAAUUUUGCGAUUAAUCAGAUUUGCAUGUAAAUUCGAUUUCAAAAUCGAAAAAAAGACGUUGGAGGCCAUGAUGGAGUUGCACAACCAAAAGGCACUCUCAACCAAGAUCAGUAAGGAGAGAAUUGAAAUAGAAUUGAGAAAGGCAUUGGUGAGCAAGAACCCGAGCUAUGGAUUGAGAUUGAUUUAUCAUUGUAACUUGGUAAAGAGUAUAUUCUACGUUGAUGGAUUAGGAUUCGAUGAAACGGCAAUGAAACACUCUGUUAAACGUAUUCCACACCAUUUGUUAGCAGCAAGUGCCAUCUACCCAUACUUUGAACAACAAAUCCAUAAAAGUACAAUUCAUAUGCUGCGUGCUCUUGAAAUUUUUGACGACGAUUCAAAGUUUAAUUUCUGGCUCUCGAUGAUAUUGCAUCCUUAUUCAACUGUGCCACGAGUCAAGAAUAAGGAUGUAUACGACCAAUUUCUACGAGUUGGAUUGAAAUGCAAAAAAAGCGAUAUUAACAAGAUAUCAGCCAUCAACUUGGUCAGUAGAACUACGAUUGACCAGUUUUUGGAAGCGCCACAAAGUGUAAAAAGAUCAGAUUUGGGUUUGUAUUUACGAGAGUUUCCAGACUUUGCCAGCUUGAACUUGCUUGUUCAAUGCUUCAUAGACUGCAUCCACAACGUUCAUGUGGAUGGAUCUCUACUCUUGCCACCACCACCAUCACCAACAACGGCUGACCUCUCAUUAAGAAACAAAAAACUCAUCAAUGAGACUAUAGCGAAAUAUGAGUCAUUAUUUUCACACAUUAAUCAGUUGGGACUUGAAGAUGUGCACAUUAUGAAACCAUUGCUUGAGGGAAGGACAAUUGCCAAAGAGCUUGAGAAGAAGCCUGGACCGUGGAUGAAGCCUGUAACAGACGAGGUGUUGAAGUGGCAAUUGGAUAAUCCUAGUGGAAGUGCUGAAGAAUGUAUGAUGUAUAUAAAAAGUAAGGUGACUCUAUAG